AUGGAUAUUGAGAGCUCCUUCAUUCCUCUUCUAUCCUACACCAGGAAAGCUAAGUUCAAAACUCUUCUUCCCAAAUUCAAGAAGGGGAUCCGCAGUCCUGCUGUUGCUGGUCCAGGCAGCAAUCCAGGCGGUUUUGGAGCAAAUCAACCAUUUGGUGGACAAGGCCCUCAGCCAUUCGGUGGACAGGGCCCUCAACAGUUCGGUGGACCAGGUCCUCAACAAUUCGGAGGCCCUCAGCCAUUCGGUGGACAAGGCCCUCAGCCAUUCGGUGGAGAGGGCCCUCAACAGUUCGGUGGACCAGGUCCUCAACAGUUCGGAGGACCCCAAAAUGGACCCGGCCCUCAACAAUUUGGUGGACCAGGUGGUUUUGGUGGACCGGGAGGUUUUGAAGAGCCACACGGUAUGCCGGUCAGAAUAAGAAGAUAUGUGCAAGCCUCUAUCAACGCACCACUCGGUCAUCGUUUCCUAAGCCGCAUUCUUCGUCGAUUUGCGUAA